AUCGAGUCAGUGACGCUCAAACUCCCCUGACGACUCGUCGUCGUCGACGUCGUCUCAACAUUUUACCGCACGCACGUCACAUGCUCGCGUGUCUGUAUUAAUAGAUUUUUCCUUUUUUUUGCAUGUCAAGGAUAAAUAUUUAAUUAUAUAAAGUGCAUACUUACGUAUCGAUAUUGUUAUCUUAUCUUUAACAGAAGGAAAUAUUAAAAUAAAUAUAUUUUUUUAAGACUCGAUUUCUAUAAAAAAAAAUCUUGUUGAGAACAACUGUAGAUGUUUGAAGUUUGAAUAUCUGUUUUGUACGAAUUUCAUCAGCACGUAAUUAUGAAAACUAAACGAAUUAAUAAGGAUGGGUGGAAACCUGUAGCAUUGGAAGGUACUUUACUGUCCAAUGGCAUAGAAGGAUUAAUUGGAAUAGAGGAAUUAACCGAUUAUAGUUUGGAGCAUAUGCAAAAUAAAGAUCCACGCUGGCAGAACAAGAAGAAAGGUAAAAUUAUAACCACAGAAAUAACGUCUGCCAAAAAGAAGAAGUCAGCAGUAAAACGCAAAUGUUUAGAUGAUUCGGAAGAAGCUGAUGUUGACAGUGUGUCUUCCGUAAAGAAAGUAAAAGUCAAGAAAGCUAAAACAAAGAAAACAAAAUCAACGGACUUCAAAACUAGUAAUACAGAUAUUAAUUCUGAUGAUGGUGAAAAUGAUUUGUACUCUGACACAAAUAAUAGUAAAAGCUUGGCAAAGAUUAAUGUCGAAGCAUGGAGCUCUAUGGGUGUUCCAACUAUUGUGAUAAAAGCUUUAGCUGAUCAGAAUUUUUAUGGUCCUACUCCGAUACAAGCUCAGACAUUGCCAGCUGCUAUAUUAGGCCGCAGAGAUAUAUUAGGUGCUGCUGAAACUGGUAGUGGUAAGACAUUAGCUUUUGGUAUCCCAAUAAUAAAAGGCAUUUUGGAUUUGAAGAAGCAGCAAAUGGAGAUAUCAAUGUCUAAAGAAUCUGUAAAACAUGACCUUCAAAAUAGAGGAUGGAAUAAUCCAGAAAUAGAGAGUAAUUCUGAUUCAGAAAAUGAAAAUAUACCAGAAUCUGAAAAUUGUGUACAUGUCGUGAAUAAUAUAAAGUUUGAUAAUUGUCAAAAUAUUGUAACAAAGCCUUUGUAUGCAUUAAUUUUGACACCAACUCGCGAAUUAGCGAUACAAAUAAAGAAUCAUCUUACUCAAGCAGCAAAAUAUACAGAUAUUAAGAUAGCUGUUGUUCUUGGAGGUAUGGCAGCAGUAAAACAAGAAAGGAUAUUAAAUAAAGGUCCUGAAAUCGUCAUUGCUACACCUGGCAGAUUAUGGGAACUAAUUCAAGAAGGCAAUUCUCAUCUAAGUAAAAUUGAUUCUAUUAGGUAUUUGGCCAUUGAUGAGACAGACAGAAUGAUGGAAAAGGGUCAUUUUCAAGAAUUACAUGAUAUCUUGGAAAAAAUAAAUGCAAAUUCGAUCAAGCUAGAGAAACGGCAGACAUUUGUUUUCUCGGCAACUUUAACAAUGGUUCAUGACCUACCAGAUUAUCUCGAAAGAAAAAAGAGGCGAUAUGUCAGGAGUAGAAUAUCUAAACUCACUUCUGGUCAAAAAUUGCAAAAGAUUAUACAAUUGUUAAAAAUAAAGAAUCCUAAAAUCGUCGAUCUUACAAAAGAAUCAGGUAUGGCCGAUAACUUGACAGAAUGUCGAAUAGCGUGCACAAUCGACCAUAAGGAUUAUUAUCUUUAUUAUUUUUUGAAGAGACAUAGUGGAAGAACAUUAGUAUUUUGUAACAGCAUUGGUUGUGUCAAAAGAUUGUCCACUCUCUUCAGCAUACUUGAGUGCAAGCCUUUACCUCUGCACGCUAAUAUGCAGCAACGACAACGUCUAAAAAAUCUCGAAAGAUUUCAAGCUGACGAAAAUGGACUUUUGAUAGCUACGGAUGUAGCCGCCCGAGGUUUAGAUAUACCUAACAUAGAGCAUGUAAUACAUUAUCAAGUUCCCAGGACAUCCGAGAAUUAUGUACACAGAAGUGGUAGAACGGCGAGAGCAGAAAAAGAAGGUAUCACAGUUCUAAUAAUGGAACCUUCUGAAAAACAGAACUAUAGCAAAUUGUGCAAAACUCUUGGACGCACACACGAUUUACCCACAUUUCCUGUAGUGGACAGGCUAUUAAUCGCUGUAAAAGAAAGAGUGGAUACUGCUCGCGAUAUUGAUAAGUUAGAAUUAAAAUAUCGCCGACAGAAUACUCAAAAAAGUUGGUUACGGAAAGCAAUGGAGGAAAUGGAUAUGGUCGUGGACGACGACGAUGAUGAUGAAUCAUCAACGGAAUUGGAAGAAGCAGCAGCAUUGAGACGACAAUUAAAAGUAAAGAAAAAUCAGUUGCAGUCUCAGUUAUCAAAACCAGUAUUCCCGAAAGGAUUCUCAGGAAAGUAUCUCGAUGAUAAUUUAAACAUAGAUCCUGCUCAGAAUACAGAGAAAGCUAUCGAAGUGAUGAAAAAAGUAAUAAAAAAUCUUGAUAAAAAUCAAGAAAACAAUACUAUACGUCGGAAAAAACAACGACUGUAAAACAUUUUCAAAAUUAAAAAAUAUAUAUUUUGUUUAUAUAUAUAAAUCAUGUUGAAUUUUCUUCAUCGCAUCGUUUUGCUGAUUUAAUAUUCAUUAAAAAUAUGGGUUUCACGGGACAAUCACGAGUUAACAAAAAGUAAAUUUUAUUUUGACGCAGAUUAUAUUUACAUUCAUAAUUAAUUU